GACACGAGCCGGGGAAAGGGUUCGGAGGGGGAGGGGUGUCCCGUCGGCAGGCGCAGACAGCAGGCAGCAGCUGCAGAGAGAGGACCUGGUGCCAUUACUCUGCAUUACAAAGAUAUAAAAAAAAAAGACAUACUGCGAUUUUGAUUUGGAAAACAGACCACGGUCCGUUCAAGUAAGCUAAAAUGGUAGACCGUGAGCAGCUGGUGCAGAAAGCAAGGCUCGCCGAGCAGGCUGAGAGAUAUGAUGAUAUGGCAGCUGCCAUGAAAUCGGUGACGGAGCUGAACGAGGCGCUGUCCAACGAGGAGAGGAACCUGCUGUCGGUGGCCUACAAGAACGUGGUGGGGGCCCGGAGGUCCUCCUGGAGGGUGAUCUCCAGCAUCGAGCAGAAGACGUCGGCCGACGGCAACGAGAAGAAGAUCGAGAUGGUGCGCGCCUACCGGGAAAAGAUCGAGAAGGAGCUGGAGGCCGUGUGCCAGGACGUCCUCAACCUCCUCGACAACUUCCUGAUCAAGAACUGCAACGAGACGCAGCACGAGAGCAAGGUGUUCUACCUGAAGAUGAAGGGCGACUACUACCGCUACCUGGCCGAGGUGGCCACGGGCGAGAAGCGGGCGGCGGUGGUGGAGUCGUCCGAGAAGUCGUACAGCGAGGCGCACGAGAUCAGCAAGGAGCACAUGCAGCCCACCCACCCCAUCCGUCUGGGGCUGGCGCUCAACUACUCGGUGUUCUACUACGAGAUCCAGAACGCGCCGGAGCAGGCGUGCCACCUGGCCAAGACGGCCUUCGACGACGCCAUCGCCGAGCUGGACACCCUGAACGAGGACUCCUACAAAGACUCUACGCUCAUCAUGCAGCUGCUCCGGGACAACCUGACUCUGUGGACCAGCGACCAGCAGGACGACGAGGCCGAGAGAGAGAGAGAGAGAGAGAGAGAGAGAGAGAGAGAGAGAGAGAGAGAGAGAGUCCAGAGUGAACAAACGUGUUUUCAGAGUUUUAAGAACGGCUUCGUUAAAAGCAUUUAGGUGCGCCACACUAUGUCAGUGAGAAAGCCGGGUUGUCUCUGUUACGGAACGACAGACAUACACAAAAAAAGAGAUGUUUGGUUUGCUUUGUGUCCAGUAUGUUUCCAGCUCAGUCACACAGUCAUACAGUAACCGAAAUAGCAAGUCCAUGGAGUCAUUUUGGUGCUGUUAUCCCACUCAUGUGCUGAUGUGCUUUAUUAAACAAAUUAACCGUUCUUGGGCACCUUAUUCUUAUUGUCAGUAUUGUCAUUACUAUCAAGGCACUAAUACUAUUGGCUCCUUCUUUAAGUUUGAAGGACGCAUAUUGACACAAAUGGAUGAUUUCAAGAUCCAAAACAAAAGUGAAACGAGCAAAAAUGAAUCACAAUUGGAUCAACACCCCUGCUAGAACAUCAAACAUGUGGGCCCUAGUUUAUGACUUGUACACCCUAUCCUAAAAAUCAUUUGGGAUGUCCAAACGAUGGCACGAGGUGGACGUCCACCACAUACUUGAAGAGCGAUCUCGUAUAAUUCACAGAGCACAUGCAAUGUUAAAUGGAAGAUCAAAAAGCAGAUUUGAGGUUUGUGGAUUUCCUUUGUGUUCAGUAUGUUAUUGGUGAAGAAAUGCACUUGCCUAUUAUACUGUUGAGUCAGUGAACGAUAGCUGCUCCAAUAUUCUCCAUAAUAUAGUAUUGUGCAUGCUGGUGAUGUAUGUAUACAGUAGCUUGAAUUGAUUAACUUAUACUGUAGAUGUUAUGUAUUCAUAUGAACAUGAAAUUACUAGACUUUACUCUGAUUAUUUUCUAUUUAUUUUAUUUUUAUCGGAUUGUUAGCUAGACCUUCUUUUAAUCUGUGGUUUCUUUACUCCAUUCGCUGAAGUACGCUAUACCAAAACAGUGAUUGUUAACAAUAAAUUGAUCUGUUCUGGACACUGGC